AUGUCGACUCCAAGCACAAAGCCGACCGAUCUAACGCGCUCUGAGACACUCAGUCUCAGCGCCCUGGCCCUCGUCUGCUUCACUGUCCUCGCCAAUACAUUCCAGGGUGAAGGCGAACCCCUGAUCGCAUCGCUUGCCCUCAGUGGUCUUGCCUUCGCAGCAAACUAUUCUAUGAUCCGAUGGCUGGGACCAUCUUUCAUCAAGGCCGGGCUGAAAGGUCGUGACAUGGCCAAGGUGAAUAACAAGUAUGAGCUGCCCGAGUGCAUGGGGGCCAUUUGUGCGGUCGUUUACCUACUGGUGAUCAUCAUCUUCAUUCCGUUCCCUUUCUACAAGGACAUAGUGGUCGCUACUAGUGGUGGUGGAAACCGGGAUGUCGUCAUGAACGUCGAGUACGUGCAGAAGGGACGGCUGUUGCACAAGUUCCCGCACAGCAAGCUCGCUUCCUUCCUUUCGGCCAUCAUCUCUCUUCAGUCGAUCACCCUGCUUGGCAUUGGUGACGACCUCUUCGAUAUCCGCUGGCGGCACAAAUUCUUCAUCCCGGCCUUCGCCUCGAUCCCGCUUCUUGUCAUCUACUUUAUCGACUUCGGGGUUACUUCAGUUGUCCUACCCACCGUACUACAACCGUACGUCGGUCGCGAACUACUCGACCUUGGGUUCCUCUACUAUGGCUACAUGGCCGCCUUCUGCAUCUUCAGCCCCAAUAGCAUCAACAUUCUGGCUGGCAUCAAUGGCAUUGAAGUGUUGCAAUCCAUCGUCAUCGCCCUCCUCCUGGCCUUCAACGACGUUCUCUACCUCGUAACCCCGUACCCGCACCCAGCAACCGACAGCCACCUGUUCUCGCUGUACUUCCUAUUGCCAUUCCUCGGCGUCUCCUUCGCCCUACUGGCCCACAACAAAUACCCUGCUCGAGUUUUCGUCGGCGACACGUACUGCUACUUUGCGGGUAUGAUUUUUGUGGUGGUGUCUAUUCUGGGCCACUUCUCGAAGACGUUGAUUCUGCUGCUCGUACCCCAGAUCUUCAACUUCGUAUAUUCGGUGCCCCAGCUCUUUGGUCUGGUCCCCUGCCCGCGCCACCGACUGCCCCAUUUCAAUGCGCGAACCGGACUUCUUGAGCCGAGCGUGACCAAGUGGGGGGACAAACAGCCACACCUUAUCAUCGAGUCGGUGCUACACUUGUUGGGACGGUUGAAGCUACUGCGGGUCAAGGUCGACAAUGACACGGGCCGCAUCCUCGAGACGAGCAACUUCACCAUCCUGAACUUGUGGCUGGUGUGGCGGGGUCCACUGCGCGAGGAUCGUCUAGCGUGGGAGAUCACGGCUAUGCAGACGGCCGUGGGCCUCUUCGGCUUGUUUAUCAGACACCGACUCGCCCUGCUGGUUUUCAGGGAGGACAACUGGGGCAUCGGAAGCGCCGUCUAG